GAUGCUAUUGUCGCUGUGACGGGGGAUGGAGUUAACGACUCUCCGGCUCUAAAGAAGGCAGACAUUGGGAUUGCCAUGGGGAUCGCAGGUUCUGAUGCAGCCAAAAAUGCAGCCGACACGGUCUUGCUGGAUGACAACUUCGCGUCCAUAGUCACAGGGGUGGAGGAAGGCCGCCUGAUCUUUGACAACCUGAAGAAGACUAUCGCGUACACCCUGACCAAGAACAUCGCUGAGCUCUGCCCCUUUCUUAUCUACAUCAUCGCCAGCCUGCCCCUGCCCAUUGGCACCAUUACUAUGUUGUUCAUCGACCUGGGCACAGAUAUGGUAAGUAGCAGGAAAGGCAGCAGGCUCUGAUAACUUCCCCGGGGUGUCAGCCUCAGAGUUUUUACCUUCAGGGGCAAGAGGUGGACUAAAUCGUGCUUCUCAAACCUCAGCGUGAGGGGGCCUGAAGUUCUGAAUUUCUAACAAGCUCUAAAGUGACACCGAUCUGCUGGUCCCCAACCACACUUCAAAGCAAAGGGCUAGAGAGAUGUGUCAAAUGUUUGGAAAUUAAAACCACUUCACUGUACAUACGAACUUUUCAAGGUGUGAAUUCUUCACCUUUCAAAAAAAUGCCAUUGGUCAGUUGCAGCUCAUGUGCCUCCCUUUUCUUUUAAGAAGAUGCAGCUCUCAUCAGAACAGCCCUGUGCCACUGGGGAUCCAGCGGCUAAGUAAUAACCCACAACUGCCCCUUGUUAAGGAAUCAUCUGUCUGGAAGCCCCUCUCUAAGUGCAGUAAGAAGUGGUGGUCAUUCGCACUGUGUGGCCUCACGUUGACCUGCAGUAACGUCCUCUAGUGCGAAUCCACUUAAGAAUGCUUUGUGCAUUCGUUCUUAAGGGUCUGGCUGACACGGGCGGCAGGGAGCCAGUGGAGCCCCCUUCUCAUUCCUACAACACCCAGGCAACCACCGCACUACAG